AUGACCUCGCCGGCCCCCACCUCCUGGUUCUCCGGUCUCGCGCGCUCCUCCUCCUCCACCAUGGCCGGCGGCGUCGCCUCCGCCCCCGCCUCCGCCUCCGCGUCCGCGUCCCUCCCCGACGCGCCCAAGUCCGUCGUGGUCGGCGCCGGCCCCGGAGGAGGCAAGCGGAAUCAGCUCCGCGGGGCGCUGUUCAAGUACGGCCCCAAAUCCGCGCAGGUAGCAUUCAGGACUGGUGAUUUUAACCAUCAGGUGAUCUUCAUUGGUGGCCUCACAGAUGGGCUUUUAGCUACUGAUUACUUGGAACCAUUGUCACUUGCAUUGGAGGUUGAGAAAUGGUCCUUGGUACAGCCAUUGCUUUCUUCAUCAUACACUGGAUAUGGAAUUUCCAGCUUAGAGCAAGAUGCAUUGGAACUAGAUCAACUCAUCAGUUACCUAAUAAAUAAAGAAAAUUCUGAAGGAGUAAUAUUGCUUGGUCAUAGUACUGGAUGCCAGGAUAUUGUGCAUUAUAUGCGCACAAACUUUGCUUGUUCCAAAGCGGUUUCUGGGGUCAUAUUACAGGCUCCAGUAAGUGAUAGGGAGUAUAGAGCAACUCUUCCAGAAACAGCUGAAAUGAUAGACCUGGCAGCCGAAAUGAUUAGCGAGGGCCGUGGAAUGGAUUUGAUGCCUAGAGAAGCAAACCCAGAUGCUCCUAUUACUGCUUACAGGUACCACUCCCUUUGUUCAUAUAUGGGUGAUGAUGACAUGUUCAGUUCAGAUCUAAGUGAAGAUCAGCUGAGGCAGAGACUUGGUCAUAUGUCAACCACACAGUGCCAGGUUAUUUUUUCAAUGGGGGAUGAAUAUGUACCUGAAUAUGUUGAUAAGGAGGCUCUAGUAGACAGACUAUGUAGAGCGCUGGGAGGUGCAGAGAAAGUUGAGAUAGAAUGGGGAAACCAUGCUCUGUCCAAUAGAGUGCAAGAAGCAGUUCGGGCCAUUGUAGAUUUUGUCAAGAGGGAGGGGCCCAAAGGCUGGGAUGACCCAUGGAGCUAG